UCUACCCCACCACCAAACCUGCCUCUGCCUCGUCCUCACCCUCUUACGGUGGCGGCUAACCGUUACGCCGCCCAGCUGCAGCUAUGCUGCCCCCAACGCCCCACCUCCUACUCUCUAGCUCGAACCAUCCACGCCCACAUGAUCGCUUCCGGCUUCCACCCACGUGGCCAUAUCCUCAACCGUUUGAUCGACGUCUACUGCAAAUCUUCAAAUCUUCGCUACGCACUCCACCUGUUCGACCAAAUUCCCAACCCGGACAUCGUCGCCAGAACGACUCUGGUCUCGGCAUAUUCCGGCGUCGGGGACGUCACGCUGGCCCGGAGAGUCUUCAGUGAAACUCCGCUCAGCAUGAGAGAUACUGUUAGCUACAAUGCCAUGAUCGCAGGCUACUCUCAUAACAGGGACGGCAGUGCCGCCGUUGAGCUGUUUCGUGACAUGAGGCGAGGCGGUUUUCGCCCCGAUGAGUUUACCUUCACCAGUGUGCUGAGUUCUCUGGCGCUUAUAGUGGAGGAGGAGAAGCAAUGCCAGCAGCUGCAUUGUGCAAUUGUUAAGUCUGGAGCAUUGCUGGCCACUUCGGUGUCGAAUGCGUUGGUGUCUGUGUAUGUCAAGUGUGCUUCUUCACCGUUGGUGUCGUCGUCAUCUUCGGUGGUGGUGGCUGAAGCGAGGAAGGUGUUUGAUGAAAUGCCUAAGAGGGAUGAGUUGUCGUGGACGACGAUGAUCACUGGUUAUGUGAGGAAUGAGGACCUUGAUGGAGCUCGGCAGCUGCUUGAUGGGAUGGAUGAAAAAUUGGAAGUGGCAUGGAAUGCGAUGAUUUCGGGUUAUGUGCGUCAUGGUUUUUGUCAUGAGGCAUUGAAGUUGUUUAGGGAAAUGCAUUUAAUGGGGAUUCGCCAGGAUGAGUUUACGUACACGAGUGUUAUCAGUGCUUGUGCUAACAAUGGCUUAUUUAAGCAUGGGAAGCAGCUGCAUGCUUACAUACUAAGAUCUGAAGCGAAACCGACUCUGGACUUUUCUUUAUCUGUGAAUAAUGCAUUGGUGACACUAUACUUUAGGUGCGGUAAAAUUGAUGAAGGACGAUAUAUUUUUAAUAAUAUGUCUGUCAGAGAUCUUGUUUCUUGGAAUGCGAUAUUGUCAGGGUAUGUGACUGCAGGGCGCAUUCAGGAAGCAAAGUCCUUUUUUGAGGAAAUGCCGGAAAGGACUGGUCUAACGUGGACUGUAAUAAUAUCUGGUUUAGCUCAAAAUGGAUGUGGGGAAGAAGCUAUGAAGCUAUUUAACCAAAUGAGAUUAGAUGGUUUUAAACCCUGUGAUUAUGCAUUUGCUGGAGCUAUUACGUCUUGUGCUGCUCUUGGGGCAUUGGAGCACGGACGCCAGCUCCAUGCUCAACUAAUAUGCUUGGGGCAUGAUUCAAGCCUUUCAGUCGGAAAUUCACUUAUUACGAUGUAUGCGAGAUGUGGGGUUGUAGAUGAUGCUGACUUUGUGUUCCUUACAAUGCCUUAUAUUGAUUCCGUGUCGUGGAAUGCUAUGAUCGCAGCUCUGGCACAACAUGGAUAUGGUGUCCAAGCAAUAAGACUUUUCGAACAAAUGUUGGAGGAAGAUAUACUGCCAGAUAGAAUAACUUUCCUCACUGUUCUCUCAGCUUGUAGUCAUGCUGGUUUAGUUAAAGAAGGACGCCAUUAUUUUCGUUUAAUGCAUGACUCUUAUGGUAUUGCCCCUGGUGAAGAUCAUUAUGCUCGUAUGAUUGAUUUGUUGUGCCGAUCUGGGGAGUUGACAGAGGCCAAGGACUUAAUCAAAUCAAUGCCUUUUGAACCAGGUGCACCGAUAUGGGAGGCUAUUCUAGCUGGUUGCCGGACUCAUGGGAAUAUGGAUUUAGGUAUUCAAGCUGCAGAACGACUCUUUGAGCUGGUGCCCCAGCAUGAUGGAACCUAUGUACUUUUGUCUAACUUGUAUGCUGCUUUAGGCCGUUGGGAUAAUGUGGCUAAGGUGCGAACACUAAUGAGGGAGCGAGGGGUGAAGAAAGAACCUGGUUGUAGUUGGAUUGACGUUGAAAAUAUGGUCCAUGUCUUCUUGGUUGGUGAUACUGUGCACCCUGAGGUACAUGAGGUGUACAAGUAUCUAGAGCAACUUGUUCUUAAAAUGAGGAAGUUAGGAUAUGUUCCUGACACAAAGUUUGCAUUGCAUGAUAUGGAGUCUGAGCAUAAAGAGAAUUCCUUGUCUACUCACAGUGAGAAGCUUGCAGUUGCAUUUGGGAUUAUGAAGCUUCCUCUUGGAGCCACAAUCAGAGUUUUUAAGAAUCUUAGGAUUUGUGGGGAUUGCCAUAAUGCAUUUAAGUUUAUGUCAAGAGUGGUUGGGAGAGAAAUAGUCGUGAGAGACGCCAAGAGGUUUCAUCAUUUUAGGAAAGGCGAAUGCUCUUGUGGAAAUUACUGGUAGCUGUAGUGUUCCAUUUUUUCCUUGGCAUGUUGUUAUAAAUGGCCAAGCUUUAAAGCCAAAUGAAGAAGCUUAUACAGCGGUGUUUUGUUCCACUUCACUCUGAGGUUUAAAUUUGAAAUAGAGGUGUGUGCAUAAGAAGUGUAUGGUAGAAGACUAUAAGUCCCUGUAUGAUUAGCAGUUUAUUUGUAGUUGUUGAAUGAAGUAAACUAAUCCAUUGGUUAGAGAUUUAACCAACUUAAAUUGGUGCUGCUCUAGUCCUCGGUGAGACGAUCAUGGUAGCCAAGUGCAAAGAAUAAAAGGCUUAAUGGUUCAGACUCGAGCAAGAGCGAGGUUGCAUAAAAAUGAGAUGGAUCUUCUUCCUUAUUUCCAAUGAUGGGGAAGAUAUGGAAACCAGGUCUGGAAGUUGGAGGAAGGUAAAGAGCUAUACUAUGACCAAUUUACUUGCAGUUAUGUCCGGGCUUUUCAUAUUCAUUGCCACUGUUAGGGGUUGCCAACUUUCCUUGAUUCAUGGAUUGGGGGCCUGAACAAUUGAACUUAAACGUAUUUCCUUUUUGAACUAGAUUAUUUAGCUUUGGUGACAUGUUACUCAGUUGUAGUCAUAACCUAAAGUUUUUAGAUCUUCUGUGCUUUUUCUUUUUCUUUUUUUGGAUCUGAAUUAGUACUUGACAUGCUGUUAAUGAUUUGCUAUUAUUUUGAAACAAUUAAUGAUUUUUUUUUUAAAUUUAGGAAUAAAGGAUCAUUCUUUGUACGAGUAUCUCACUAAAAGCCAUUUCUUUGGUAUAACGUAAAAGUGAAUUACUUUUGACAGCAUUGGAAUUGUCAGACUUACUGUGGAAUUUAUUUGGACAGAAUUCCCUUAUAUACAGUAGUUUUAGUGCAGAGACUGAAGUGACCUUUAUUUAUUCUAAAAUGACUCAUUUGGUGGCAGUGAAAGCUACUUGGAACUCUAUUGGAAUAUAUCACCUACCUUAAUAACAGUGAACUAGUGUCUAAAUAGACCUCCUUCAUCUAACUCUAAUAUGGACUAUGCAGAUAGUGAUAGUGAUGAACAUAGCAAUCAUGAGAGUUCAGUGGAUUGGUUUAUCACUUUUCAGGCAGUCAUUAAUGCAUUUAAGUUUAUGUCAAGAGUGGCUGGGAGAGAAAUAGUUGUAAGAGAUGCCAAGAGGUUUCAUCAUUUUAGGAACGUCGAAUGCUCUUGUGGAAAUUACUGGUAGCUGUAGUGUAAUGGAAUUAUUCUUAUUCUUUUCCAUUUUUUCCUUGGCGAGUGAAGAAGCUUAUACAGCGGUGUUUUGUUCCACUUCACACAGAGGUUUAAAUUUGAAAUAGAGAAGAUAAGAAGUGUGUGAUAGAAAAAUAUAAGUCCCUGUAUGAUUAACA